CUGUGCCAUCUCCUGUGCUGUUAGCAGUUUAUUUUAUUUUAAUUUAAUUUAAUUUUAUAUUUUAGGUAGAGAUAGAGAAGGCAGAGGUAGGUAGGUAGAUAAGGAGGGAGCGGUGGAACAGGAGGAGAGGGAGAGAGAGAGAGAAAGAAAGAGAAAGAAACCACAGUACUGAAGCGACCUUCAAUGCAGUGGGGGCCAGGCUCAAACCAAGGUCGGGCACAUGGCAAAGCAGCACAAUUGAGCUCCUUCACCAGCCCUUAGAAGAGUUCAGUUUAGUCACCAUGCAGUUCUUUCACCAUUCCUGCUCCACCCCGAGGCAGUUCAUUUUAAAUCCUAGGAAAGUGAAAGCAGAAGGAGACAAGAGUCUUGUCUAGAGUCACAUGGUGGUUUAAUGGCUGGCUGGACCUCUCUCAGUUGAGAGGAAACCACUGCAGGGCCCAUUUUGGUGGGGGUGGGGCAAGGGCAGGGGGAAGAUGUUCCAGGAAAAGUCAGGAAGAGCUGUUAUCGGCAAAUAUUUCCUCCUCCCUAAAAAUAAAAACAUCUGAUCAUCAGAGGGAGAGAGAGAGAGAGAGAGAGAGAGAGAGAGAGAGAGGCAGCAAGCAAGGAGAGAGAAUCAGAGCAGCACUCUGGCACAUGUGAUGCUGGGGUAGCCAACUCUGUACCUCAUGCUUUUAAAUCCAGGGCUGCUAACAGAGGUACCGCAUGGCUCAGGAGAUUCAGCUUCCAGCAGUCUUGAGGAACUCAAGCCUUUUACUCUCCGAGGCCCAGUCUCUUCCCCUGUGAGAUGCAGGUGCUGUGAGACCCCCGAGUUGCUUUGGACCAGCUCCAGGAGGACGUAUAGGUGCCGGAAGGCAGAGACCUCGCUGAGCCGGGCUGGGAGGAGACUGGUGUAGCACAUGGAGCGCUGUGGGGCCCUUCUCCUCGGCUUGUGCCUCGUGGCCGCUCAGAGCAGGAAAGAAGAGGUGUCCCAAGAGCCCCUGCAAUGGAUGAAGAAGAUGGAGAGAGCAGUCAUGCUCCGCAACAAAAAGCUUCUUUCUAAUGAGUUCAUCAGAGGCCUAGAGUGGAGUCUGUUGAACACCACCUUCUCGGGUUCUAACCUCACCCUGCAGACGCUCAACAUCCACAGCCUGGCCUUCAACUUGGACUGCAAAUUCAGUGGUCUGACCCUGAGUGGCACCACUCCUCAGCAGCGUCUCCCGGGCAUUGGUGGUGGGGGGCAGCACACCAUGCGUUUCCCUGCUGAGCUGACCCGAAAGCCCUGUAGGAAGCAGCUCAAGCAGCUGCGGCUCAUCUGCAUCUACUUUUUCUUCACCCACUUCUUCCAGAGUGACACCAAGGCUCUUCUGCUCAACAACUUGAUUCUGGGGGCCCAGCUGGACCAUGAACAUGUGAAAAACCUCACAGACCCGAUCGACAUCAGCUUCUGGCACAAUCAAAGUCUGGAAAACUACAAGGCAACCUGCGUCUUCUGGAAGGAGGGAGUCAGCAAGCGUCACUGGGGGGUCUGGAGCCCUGAGGGCUGCCGCACUGAGCAUCCCCUACCCUCCCAAGUGCUCUGCCGCUGCAGCCACCUCAGCUACUUUGCUGUUCUCAUGCAGCUGUCCCCAACCCGCGCAGAGCUGCUGGAGCCUCUCACCUACAUCAGCAUCGUGGGCUGCAGCAUCUCCACCGUGGCCUCCCUGCUUACCCUGCUGAUGCACUUCUGGGCCAGGAAGCAGAGCGACCCGGUCGCCCCCAUCCACAUGAACCUGCAGGCCUCCCUGCUGCUCCUGAACUUGGCCUUCUUGCUGAGCCCCAUGCUGGCCACGCCGUCAGUGCCCCGGCCCUUGUGCUCGGCGCUGGCGGCCACGCUGCACUGCGCGCUGCUCAGCUGCUUCUCCUGGAUGGCCAUAGAGGGCUUCAACCUCUACCUGCUGCUCGGCCGUGUCUACAACAUCUACGUGCGCCGAUAUGUGCUCAAACUCUGUGCUGUGGGCUGGGGGAUCCCGGUGUUCCUUGUGCUGUUCCUCCUGGCCAUCAAAAGCUCCGUGUAUGGCCCCCAAAACAUCACCUUCUCUAACAGCCAAGGAAGUGGCUCCCGGAACAUGUCCAUGUGCUGGGUGCGGGACUCCACAGUGCACGCCGUCCUGGUCUUGGGCUACGGUGGCCUCACGUGCUUCUUCAACCUGGGGGUGCUGGUGUGGGUGCUGUGGGUGCUGCACAGGCUGCGGGCUCGGGAUCGGGCACAGGAGCAGACACUGGGCUCUCGGCCCUGGAGGGAUGUGGGCACCGUGCUGGGCCUCACUGUGCUGCUAGGCACCACCUGGGGCCUGGGAUUCUUCUCCUUUGGGGACUUUCUGGAGCCCCAGCUCUUCCUCUUCACCAUCUUCAACUCGCUCCACGGUUUCUUCCUUUUCCUGUGGUUCUGCUUCCGGUGGAGUCGCUCAGAGGCCAAGGCUGAGGCUGAGAUGGAGACAUUCAGCUCCACCAAAACAACGAGAUAGCCUGGACCACCUGACGUGGACCUUCCAGCUCACCUGGCUGCUGCAGCCCAGACCUAAUAGCUUUUUUCAGAGGUGCCCUGUGGAGUGGCUUCCCCAAGCCCUGAGGUCUCAUUACAGGGCUAGACUGUGGGUCUGUUUAGCUGUGGGCCUGUCAUUUCUCACUAACUCAGGGAUUCCACAUCUGUGUUGGUGGGGCAUGUGCUCUGGUACUGCCUCAGGCUGAAUAAGGUCUGGGAGGAAGAGGGCCACGGUGGCUGGGGGAGUCUCACACUGGCCUGGCCCCAUCACCUCCAGCUGCCUGCCUGCUGCAGGAGGGGUCAUAUGUGGUCAGUCUGCCACAGAAGACACUGCCUUAGGAAGGCUCAGGCAGCACUCUGGCUGGGGACACCCCCAGCUCUGGGUAUAGAGGCCCACCUGGUAUCUGAGACCACAUGGGUUCAUCUAAGCCUCAGACUUGUUUUGCCUUAAUCCUGUGAAGAAUGUUGACUCCUCUGGCACACCAGGUAGCACACACAUAAUUCUAUGUGCAAGCAUCCGGGUUCAUACCCCUGGUCUCUACCUGUAGGGAGGAAGGUUCAUUAACAACGAAGCAGGUCUGCAGGUCUCAUUCUCUCUUAAACUUUAUUUAUUUUAUGUUAUAGAACAGAGAAGUUUAAGGGGAGGGGGAGGGAGAGAGAGAGAGAGACAGAGACAGACAGAGACCUGAAGUCCUGCUUUACCACUCAUGAAACUAUCCCCCUGCAGGUGAGGACCAGGGGCUUGAACCCAGGUCCUUGUGCAUGGUAAUACAUGCACUUAACAAGAUGUACCACCACCCCGCUCCCCUUUUUAUCUUCCUCUCCCCUUUCAAUUACUCUCUGUCUCUAUCAAAAAGAAAAAAUGGGGGGAUGACUAGCAGGAGCAGUGGCAAUAAAAAAACCCCAAAGAAAGAAUGAAAAAGAAAGAAAAAAAACCACGUUGACCCUCCUUCUAAGCCCUUCGUCUACCCUCCCCAGAGGCCCCUCUUCUGCUUGCAGGACCCCUAUAACCCGUUAGACCUGAUGACCCCAGUGUGGCAGAGGACUGCUGCUUUCCCCUCUACCUGAGCCAGCUGGACCCGGUGCUCCGGUGCUGAUGAUGGCUGAUGGGUAGGACUGGAUUUUCUCUGGUCAAAGUGAGGGUGUGGUGCCCUUGACCUACCUCUCAGAGCAAGAGGAGACAAUUCCUGAUGUCAGCGCCUUCCCCAGGCUGCACACUAGGUGGCGCUAUUUGCCCCAUGCGCAGAGACUAUCACCUCCAAAAGUUGGGCUGGAAAUACUGUCUUUGCCCAUGACCUCAUCACACAACGGAGGUGGGGGGUGGGGGGGAGCAGGGGCCAUGAGUGAAUGACAUGCGGAGCCGGCUGUGGGCACUGCGGAGGGCUCCAGGCACCUUGUAGUGAUUCUGAACUGCCACGGGAGGGAGUUAAUGCUGGACCUCUGUGCUUCUAGGUGGGGAGCAGGCGCUGUCUGUCCAUUUCUCCAGGCAAACAGCCUUUCCAUGGAUGGUGCAUGGUGGGCUCUGGUGCCGGCUUGUUUGGACUCAAAUGCCACUUGCUAGCUUUGACUGAGGACAAGCCACUUCCCAUCUGGAAAACAGGAUACUCGCUGAGGUGGGGUAUAGCAAAAUAGGAGUACUCUUUUAAAAAUGAGUUAAGAUAGUCCAUCAGAAGGUUCAGCUCAGAGUCAGUACCCCAUAUAGGGGCAUUGCUGUUGCUAUUAGUGUUUUGUGAUUUUGUCACUAGAGUCAGAGGCUGGCCAUUCACACCCCCAGGUCCAGCACUUGGACAGCUAGGUACACCCUGCUGCCCCUCAACUUUGUUACCUCCUCCACCCACUUUCCCCAGAGUGACCUGUGCCCCAGCCUUGCUGGCCUUUUGCCUUUUAGGAAUAUCUGUCACUUGAUUCAAGUCACCAGGUUGCUGCUCAUGUCCUCAGCCCUCCAUUACCGUUCUAAGUUCCCACUGGCUCACUGAAUCAUGCUUUUACCAGGGCGCUUUCUCACUUGGACUCCAAGAAGACCCACCCCCCAUGAGACCCUCCCUGGCUCCCUGGCUUCCACCUAAGCUUGAGCUGUCCCAGGCAACUCAAGCAUUGGGGUGGGUCUCCAUGCUUGGGGUGGGGUGGGGUGGGGGUGCUGGGACCACAGGAACCCCAGGCCCUUUAUCGGCAGCACCAGUGAUUCAGGUUGGGUCUGUUGAUGUGAUCCCCCCAAACUCCAGCUCCCAACUCUGAGUCCUGUUUCUCAGCCUCUACCAAGCCCAGAGUGACCCAACUGCGGAUGUGGCCACCAUGACACGAGAUGCAUCUGUUGGUUCCAGGAAACAGCCCCAGGCAUGUGGCCCUGGCUGGUUGGGGUCCAGACUCUGGGCAGGGACCACUUCCUGGAGAGGCUCCAUAUGGGGUGAAGGUGCACGUCAGGGAUACCUCUCCUCCUGGUGGGGUCUGGGCCUGCCCAGGCCCUGAGAAGAUGGGGUGAUAGAGUCUGGAGGCCACUUUUUAGGACCACAGACAAGAGGUCUCUGUGUGUGUGGUGGGUGGGGCAGGUUGUUGAGAGCAGAUUUGGCAGAUGAAAUACUGGGAGUCCGUUGUGGGGGCCUUAUACGUAAAGCGAUUCAUAGUUUAUCUGAAAGUCAAGUGUAGCUGGGCACCUUAUAGGUCUCCAUCUUUUUAAAGAUGUAUUUAUUUGGGGUCUGGGCAGUGGUGCACCUGGUUGAAUGCACUCAUUCAUUGCAGUACACAAGGAUCUAAAUUCAAGCCUCUGGUCCUAACUUGCAGGGGCAAGCUUCGUGAGCAAUGAAGCAGUGCUGCAGGUGUCUUUCUGUCUCUCCCCCUCCUCCGUCUCCCCUCCCUCUUGGUUUAUCUCUCUCUAUCCAAAAUAAAUAAAAUCUUACAAAAAAGUAGACAAAAAAAUUCACUUAUUGAGAAAGAAGAUAAUGAUUCUGGGACUUGAACCCUGAGCCUUACAUAGUUAAAUCCUAUGCUCUACCUAUGAGCCAUCUUUGCAAGAUCUCCCCCCUCCUCCCUUUUCAGACUUAUUGCAUAUGAGGUAGAGUUUCACAAGAGGGAGAGAGGGGAGGGGGAGGGAGAGAGAGACAGAGAGAGAAAGACAGAGAGAGAGAAGCCAGAGCAUUACUGCAGUUCAGGUGGCAUUGGGGAUUGAACCAGGAACCUCUGAUGUUCUUUCUGUGCCUGUUUGUGCAAGAUCUCCAUGUCCCUUUUUUCUUUUGCCUCAUCUGGCAGCUCUGUUGAAAGGCAGUGUUAACCCAGGUGUCUGAUGUAUCACACUUUACCCUUCAAAUCAACCCAGCUGUGUUGACUGGAAGUUCUCUGCCCCCUGAGUUAGCCCUGCUAACUAGUUAGUCCUCAGACUCAGUGUGGGACUUUGCCCACCCCUGUGCAGCCAAAGUCACCCCCAGGACCCCUGAUCCACCACCAUCCACUCUGCCCCCAUCAGUCCUUCUCACAGACUUCCCUCCCUCCCCAUGCCAGGCCCAGCUGCCCUCGAUCCAAAAGGCUUUGUUUGCUUGUUCUGUUGAAACCCUCCCACACUCUCUCCUCCCUCCUUUCCAGGCUCCAAAUAGAGCUUAUUCCUGUUCCCCCUCUCCAGCCCCCCACCCCACCUUCCUCGCCCUCCUCUACCUUUGCGGUGAGCUGCUCUGGCUUCCUGAACUGGUUCUUUCUGGUCUUAGUCCUUGACACCAUGUAUGUCUCCUGUUUGCUUGGAGAACUGUCCUGAGGCAUCUUUAAGAUCCCAGCUUUGGAGGUGGGUGGGGUGGUGGAAGCAUCAUCCAUAGUAGCUCCACAGACUUUCAUGCCUAAGGCACCGGAAGUCCCAAGUUCAAUUCUAGGCACCAUCAGAAGCCAGAGUUGAGUACUAUGCUGGUGAAAACAACAACAACAAUAAUAAUAGCACUUUCUUAUAUUUAAAAUAUAUGUCUAUCUCAGUUUGUACCCUCCCUGCCACCCUUAACCUCUGGAUGUUUGGACCAAAGAGCCACCUUGGGCCCACACCCUGACCCAGGAUGGGGCAGCCUCCUGGCUCUACACCCCUGCCCUUCCCCCACAACAGCAGCUGUUCCUCUCUUUCACAGCUGCCUCAGCUGCCAGACCCGGGACACUGUGGCGACAGGUGCAGUGCCUCCUUGUACAGUCAUCCAUCCACUGACCAUAUCACGUUGUCACAUUCUAGUGGGGACAGGUGCCACCCAGCCAGGCAUGAACAGAUGACCCUAGUGCCACAGGUGGAGAACUAAGGAGGGCUCGGGUUUCAGCAGAGGGGGGACUGACUGGCCUGAAUUAUCUGUCUGUCUGUAAGGAGGGCCAAUCCCAAGGCCCUCAGCCAAGGGAGGUUUUGGGGUUUUGUUUGUCUCCAGGUUUAUCACUGGGGUUUGGUGCCUACACUAUGUAUCCACUGCUCCUGGUGUCCAUCUUUUUCCCAUUGUUGUUGCUGUUGUUGUUGGAUAGGACAGAGAGAAAUUGAGACAAGAGGGGAGGACAGAAAGGGGGAGAGGAAGAGAGAUACCUGCUGACUUGCUUCACUGCUGGGGGCUCUAACCAGGAUCCUUGUGCUUCGCACUGUGUGCAUUUAACCCAGUGCUCUAUCCUCUCAGCACCCCCCCCCCCCCGAAGGUUUUUUUCUGGUGGGGAGAGUGGCUUGGGGAAGAGCUGAGGACAGAAGGGUGGGAAGUGGGGCCUGUUCUGAGCAAAGGCUCUGGAGAGAGGUGAGCUGGUCCUGGGCCCAGGACCCAACUGGGUGGGGAGCAGGCUCAGUAGAGGGAAGCUUCCCUGGUAGCUCAGGAGGGGCCUCUCACUCUCUGCCCCCACCCCCCGUAAAGUCAAGUGAUCUGCUCAAAUCAAAACUGACCCGUGAAUGUUAGCUCCCACGAGUGCAGUAGUUAAAAGUGUUGAACUUACAAGUUUGAUUCUCCAGCAUCACAGACUACAGUCCGAUGCUCUGGUUCUCUCUAAGUUUAUCUCCAUUAGUAAAUCAAUAAAUCUUAAUGAUCAAUAAAGAAAUAGGGUCCAUGAUCUUGGAUGGAGCUUGAAAAAUUCAUGUUAAGUGAAAUAAGUCAGAAACAGAAGGAUGAAUAUGGGAUGAUCUCACUCUCAGGCAGAAGCUGAAAAACAAGAUCAGAAAAGAAAACACAAGUAGAACCUGAACUGGAAUUGGUGUAUUGCACCAAAGUAAAAGACUCUGGGUGGUUGGGUGGGGAGAAUACAGGUCCUUCAGAGGACCUAGUGGGGGUUGUACUGUUAUAUGGAAAACUGAGAAAUGUUAUGCAUGUACAGACUAUUGUACUUACUGUCAAACGUAAAACAUUAAUUCCCCAAUAAAGAAAUUAAAAUAAAAAGAAAUAGGGUCCAAGUGCUUGUGCAACUGGCAAUGUACAUAUGUCACAAUGAUCAAAAGACCCGGGUUCAAGCUUGCAGUCCUCACCUGCGGGGGUCCUCACCUUCACCAGUGGCUGAGCAGUGCUGCAGUUCUCUAUCUCUCUCUGUUUCUCCCUGUCUCCCCCUUCC